AUGGUGGAAUGCGCUGCUUCUGAAGGCUUGAAACGCAAGCAAGCUUCUGUUGGCGAGAAGGCAGCCAAACGCCGCAGGUCUUCAAGCGAGGAGACCGAGGAUUCAAAUGCCAAGAUUCUCCUCAUGGAACAAGGAAUUCUAGAGUCAAAAAAGAAUUACAACGACAUCAAUGUCCUUCUGAGCACGGCAAGAGAGUAUGAAGGUGGAGAGCCGGAAUCGAUGUUGGCAGCAGUGGCCCUCUGCAGAGUCUUCGUCCGGUUGCUUUCCCGGGGGUCUCUUGUCGCCAAGAAAUCUCUUUCGGAGAAGGAUGCUGUGGUUGUUAGUUGGCUCAAGGAUCAGUUUUCACAGUACAAGCUCCUGCUGAUGAGUAUGGUGAGACAUGAAGAUGUCGCUGUCACUGCUCUUACGUUGAGUAUGAGAUUGCUGAAAACUGAAGGCGAGUUCUUGUACGACAAUGAGGAUUACUCGUUCCCCGCGGCAUUCACUGAAAGCAUUGUCAAGGCUGUCUUGCUCUCAGACAAUGAAGAUGUCAGACCAGCAUACGUUGAAGAAUUUGGGGAGCAGUAUGACGAUAUUCGUUAUUUUACGUUCAAAUCCAUCAGGAACCUUGUCAAGAGCUUAUCAGAAGACAUGGGACACCAUGAUUUGUUCGACAGAGUCUUCUCUCUGAUUUCUGCCCUAGACGGUGUGCCACAGUCCGCAGAUGAUCUGGAAGACUUUUACAUACCCAGGCCAACGAGGAAAACACAUCCUCUGAGAUCUGUCAACCAACACAAAAAGCAGGGUCAAGAGGCGUGGCUUGCCUUGAUGGGCAUCGUCGACACCAAGGCCCAGCGUAAGCGUAUACUGGAUAAAACUUCAACCAUUAUCGCUCCUUGGUUCACAAAACCCGAACUACUGGCAGACUUUCUUGGCAAUUGCUACGAUGCGGGGGGUACGAUGUCUGUGCUAGCAUUGUCUGGAGUCUUUUACCUGAUUCAAGAGCGCAACUUGGACUACCCAUCGUUCUAUCCCAAGUUGUAUUCGCUGCUUGACCGAGAUAUUCUGCACUCGAGACAUAGGUCCCGAUUCUUCCGACUGUUGGAUACUUUCUUGGCGUCAACCCAUCUUCCGGCUUCUCUGGUGGCAAGCUUCGUGAAGCGGUUAUCGCGGCUAGCACUAAACGCGCCUCCUAGCGCCAUUGCUUUUGUGAUUCCUUACAUUUACAACUUACUGAAGCGUCACCCUACGUGCACAUUCAUGGUACAUCGGGUCAUCAAGGACCCAGAGGAGAAGCGGAAUAUCCAGGAGCACGGGUUCGAAGAUCCCUUUCUACCAGAGGAGACUGAGCCUACCGAGACGCGCGCAAUCGACAGUUGUCUGUGGGAGCUUGUGCAGCUGCAAUCGCACUAUCAUCCCAACAUAGCGACUAUUGCAAAGAUCAUGUCCGAGCAGUUCACCAAGCAAUCGUAUAACAUGGAAGAUUUUUUGGAUCAUUCAUACGCCAGUCUUUUGGAUGCCGAGUUGGGAAAGGACGUCAAGAGGGCGCCGGUUGUUGAGUUCCAGAUCCCCAAGAGGAUAUUUCUCCCUCAAGACGAGCCAGCGACUCACCCGGACAGCCUGCUGGUCAAGCUUUGGGAUUUCGGAGGGAAAGUCUAG